AGGGCGUGGCUCGGGAGGCGCCGUUGGUUGGCCGGCCGGCGGACGCGGGCGGGCCAUGGCUCUAUUUCUGUGCCUUGGCCUGACGGCGGCGCUGGCCCGUGGCUGCCUGCACUGCCACGGCAACUUCUCCGAAAAAUUCUCCUUUUACCGCCACCACGUGAACCUCAAGUCCUGGUGGGUCGGCGACAUUCCUGUGUCGGGUGCGCUGCUCACCGACUGGAGCCAGGACACGAUGAAGGAGCUGCACUUGGCCAUCCCCGCCGAGAUCACCUGGGAGAAGCUGGACCAGGUGGCCAAGGCCGUGUACCAGAGGAUGGAUCAGCUGUACCAGGGAAGGAUGUACUUUCCAGGGUAUUUCCCCAAUGAGCUGCGCACCAUCUUCCGGGACCAGGUGCGCCUCAUCCAGAACGCCAUCAUCGAGAGCCGCAUCGACUGUCAGCGACACUGCGGGAUCUUCCGGUAUGAAACCAUCUCCUGCAACAACUGCACCGACUCCCAUGUCGUCUGCUUCGGCUACAACUGCGAGUCAUCAGCACAGUGGGAGAGAGCAGUGCAGGGCCUCCUCGAGUACAUAAGUAGGUGGCACAAACGGGACACCAACAUGAGCCUGAUCUCUCCAGGCUUCCCGUGUCUGGAGCCGCCACACCUGGCCAACCUGACACUGGAAAACGCCUCUGAGUGCCUGACCCAGCACUGA